AUGCCAAGCACACAGGAGCACGAUUCCAGCCCGGAACAGGAUGACUUUCACGAUAAUGUUGAUGCUCAUAAUGGGGAGAAGGGGGAUACAGUAUACCACGUAUCGACCAGAUUAUUAAAUGCUGCUAUACCUUCGCUACGGACUGGUCACAUUGUUAGACUUUUAGAUGUGCCUCAAAAACCAGAAACACUAAUCCAAACGUCUUUGACAACGACAUUAUUUUCGGAUAUAUUCUCAAACAAACCUACCGUAGAAGGUUUUACCAACAAAAGUAAAAAAUCUGAUAAGAAAUGGAUAGAGGAAAACAUUAAACUAAGAAAUUCUAAAGAUGAGGAGCCAUCAAAACCCUGUGAUGCAUUUGGUAAAAUAAAGUUUACAGGACAUAAUCAGGAAAAUGCAACGUUUGUUCGUGUGGAUCACCAAGCCUCUAUGGACAUAAUGAUGUGUUUGAUAAAAUCUACAUGGAAUAUUCGUUUACCAAGUUUGCUUAUGUCUGUGAUUGGAGGAAGAGAAGACAUUCAGUUGAGCCCACAUGUUGGGCGUGGUUUAUACAAAGCUGCAAGAACCAUAGAUGCUUGGAUCAUAACUGAAGGCUUACAUACUGGAGUUGCGAAAUAUAUUGGGGAAGUUAUGCAUAAUAAGGAAAAUAAAGUGGUUGCCAUGAAUGAAGUGACAACUCUUGGUGUUGCACCAUGGAACUGUGUUCGGAAGAAAAAAUCCCUAGUGAAUAAGGAGGGAUCGUGGCCUGCAGACUAUUCCAUACAAACUAAUGCUAAAAAAGAAAAGUAUGCAUUGGAUCCUAAUCAUUCACAUUUUAUCCUUGUUGAUGAUGGUACCAAAGACAAUUUUGGAGAAAUAAUUGAAUUUAGAAAAAAGUUAGAACAUACUAUUUCACAAGAGAAAAUCCCAGAGCAAGAAAAUUUCAAGAUUCCAGCUGUUGUAGUACUGGUUGGAGGUGGACUUGAAACUCUGAAAUCAGUCUUGGAUUCAAUAUCACACAACAUCCCAGUUAUAACAGUAAAGGGAUGUGGUCCAGCAGCAGACUUCAUGGCAUUUGCUAACCAAACAGAAUUUGAUGUAGACGAAGAUGAUGGGAAACUUAAAGCUGAUAUCAGAGAGAAAAUUAUUAAAAAAUAUGAAAACGAAUUGGAAGGAGAUGUGAUAGAUAACAUGAUUGACUAUGUGUUGGAGUUCCUAAAACGACCAAACUUGAUAACUGUUAAUGAUACAGACUCAGCUGAAGACUUUGAUCUAGCAAUUUUCAAGGCUGUGUUCAAAGCGCAGAACAACAACUUAGAAAAUUUGAGGCUCGCAUUUGUGUGGGACAGAAGUUAUAUCGUAAAACGUCUAAUAUUUGAAAAGACUCAGCAGAAAGAAGAUGAUGUGGACACUUCAGAAGAAGCGAGAUCUGUCUAUGAAAAAAGAAUUAGUUCAUGUGAUGAAUUUGGUAAGGUAAAGUUUGAAAAAGGUGACCGGAAAAUUGCAAAGAUUGAUUACAAGAUUCACCAAACCCCAAUGAAAGCAAUAAUUCACUUGUUAAUGCAUCGAUGGUCGAGAUCCUCAUUGCCAAGCUUACUUAUUUCUGUGAUUGGCGGAAGAGAAGACGUCCAGUUGAAUCCAUUUACUAAACAAGCUCUUGGGCGUGGCUUGGUUAAAGCAGCAAGAGACAAUGAUGUCUGGAUCAUAAGUGAAGGUUUACAUACUGGAGUUGCGAAAUGUGUUGGGGAAGCUAUAAAUGACUAUACAUCUAGGAGUAACUGUCAUAGUAUUGGUAUUGCAGAUCGGAACUAUGUAAAAGACAAAAAAUUGAGAAGAUCGCAGUUUAUAGAGUAUUCUAGAAGGGAUGAUCCUUACACAGGGCUGUAUGACUUGGAUCCUAAUCAUUCACAUUUUAUCCUUGUUGAUAAUGGUAUUCAGGAUGAGUUCAGAAGAAUGUUUGAAGAUACUAUUGCAGAAAUGAAUUUUCCAGAGACAAAAGUCAAGAUUCCAGCUGUUGCAGUAAUGGUUGGAGGUGGACCUGGAACUCUGAAGUCAAUGCAUGAUUCAAUAUCACGCAACAUCCCAGUUGUAAUAGUAAAGGAUUCUGGUCGAGCAGCAGAUAUUAUGGCAGAUGCUUACCAAACAAAACUCGAAAAUUCAAAUGAAGAAGAUGAAGACAGGAAACUGAAAACUCAUAUCAGAGAGAAAAUUAUUAAAGAAUUUGAAAAGGAAUUGAAAGGAAAAGGGAUAGAUAACAUGGUUGACUAUGUGUUAAAGUCCCUAAAACGACCAAACUUGCUGACUGUUUAUGAUAAAGAUUCAGUGAAAGAAUUUGAUCUAACAAUGUUCAAAGCUGUAUUCAAAGUAAAGAACAACAUAGAAAAUAUGAGGCUCGGAUUGGAAUGGAACAAACCUGAUGUUCUAAAACGUCUAAUAUAUAAAGGAGAAGCUCACUGGGAAGAUGUAAAGAAAUGGAUUCAGGAAAACAUAAAAUUGAGAAACCUUAGAGACGAAGAGGCAUCAAAUCCCUGUGAUGCAUUUGGUGAGGUAAAGUUUGUAGAAUAUGAUCAGAAAAUUGCAAAGUUUGUUCGUGUGGAUCACCAAACCUCCAUGGAUAUUAUAAUUAAUUUGAUAAUAUAUCAAUGGAAUUUCUCAUUGCCAAACUUACUUAUUUCUGUGAUUGGGGGAAGAGAAGACGUCCAGUUGAAUGAACCUACUAAAGAAGCUCUUGGGCAUAGUUUAGUUAAAGCUGCAAGAGCAACAGGUGCCUGGAUCAUAAGUGAUGGCUUACAUACUGGAGUUGCAAAACAUAUUGGGAAGGCUAUACAUGAUAAUGAAGCUGCAGUGACUGGCAAGAAGAAAGUGGUAACAAUAGGUAUUGCAUCAUGGAAGUGUGUACAAAACAAGGAAUCCCUUGUGAAUGAAGAGGGAUCAUGGCCUGCAAAUUAUGAGAUAAAAGAUGAUAUUGACUCAACAACAUCUGCUUUGGAUCCUAAUCAUUCACAUUUUAUCCUUGUUGAUGAUUGCACCCAAGAAAUUCCUGGAGUAGAAGCUAAGUUCAGAAAAAAGUUAGAAUAUACUAUUUCACAAAAGAGAAUCCCAGAGAGUAAGUCGAUCACGAUUCCAGCUGUGGCAGUAAUGGUUGAAGGGGGACUUGAAACUCUGAAGUCAGUCACUGAUUCAAUAUCACGCAACAUCCCAGUUGUAAUAGUAAAGGGAUCUGGUGGAGCAGCAGACGUUAUGGCAAGUGUUUACCGAAAAUUAUUUGGAUUUGUAAAGGAAGAGCAUACAGACUUAUCUAUUCGAAUAACGCUACUGAGAGAUGAGAUCAGAAAGGAAAUUAUCCGUAAAUUUAAAAAGAAUUUGAAUAAAGAUGAGAUAAAUGAGCUGUUUAAAUGUGUGAUUAAGUCCCUGAAACAACUACACUUGUUAUCUGUUUACAAUAUACACUCAGGUGAAGACUUUGAUGUGGUAAUCAAGAAGGCUGUGUUCAAAGCAAAGAAUAAAUUGAAAUAUUUGCUGUUUUCAUUGAAGUGGAGAAAAAUUUAUAGAUACCUGUAUACCCUACUUUCAGACGGGAUUCACUGGCAAGAUCUCCAUUUGGAAGUCUUUGCUACACAGAGAUUAUCCAGUGACUUAGAUCAUGAUGACGAUUUUUUCAUGGCAAGACAAAUGAAAGACGAAAUGGACUGCUCAGAUGAAGAGAGUGACUUACUUGAUGAAUAUUUCGAGCAACUAAAAAGAAAAGACGAUAAGGACAGCUCAGAGGAAGACAGAUCAGCUGACGAUUCAUGGCUAGAAAAUGAACCUGAAAUAGACCAACUAUUCACAAAAAUGUAAUGCAAUAAAUAUG